UCGAUCACAUCUCACAUCAAUUUCCAACACACAGACAGAACCGAUGGGAGCUCCUAAUCUGAGAGCGGUGGCUCUUAUCGCCGGCGAUAAAAACGUCCGAGGAUGUAUUCAAUUCAUCCAAGACACUUCCGGGACUACUCAUGUUACAGGAAAGAUCUCAGGACUGUCUCCUGGCUUCCAUGGAUUUCAUAUUCACUCUUUCGGUGAUACCACAAAUGGCUGCAACUCUACUGGACCUCACUUCAAUCCAUUAAAUCGAGUUCAUGGGCCACCGGACGAGGAAGAGCGUCAUGCUGGAGACUUGGGUAACAUUCUUGCAGGAUCAGACGGUGUUGCUGAAAUCUCGAUCAAGGACAAACAGAUACCACUUAGUGGGCAGUAUUCGAUACUUGGGAGGGCGGUUGUUGUACAUGGUGAUCCUGAUGAUCUUGGCAGAGGAGGACACAAGCUUAGCAAAUCAACAGGAAACGCAGGCGCACGAGUUGGAUGCGGUAUUAUCGGACUUCAAUCAGCUGUGGAUCCUAAACUUUAGCUUUUGAGAUCAAUGAACUACCCACACCAAAGCUACACUCAGUUUUUCAUCUGUAGAUGUACAUCAGAGACCAUAGUUUGUAUAUUGAUAUACUGUUUGAGACGCAGGUCAUAAUAAUGUAAGCCAAUACGUGAAUUCAAGUUAUCUUUAAAUCA